AUGCUCCGUGCGCUGCGGCUGGCGGGUGUAGUGGGGACGGACGGCAAGUGGGCCGCGGGCUCUGACACGCUGGUACAGAUGGGAGAUGUGGUCGAUCGUGGCCCGAACUCGACCGCGUGCUACCAUCUCCUGCAUCGGCUGGCCGACGAGGCGUCGGAGUCGGGCGGGGCCGUGGUGCUGCUGCUGGGCAACCACGAGGUCAUGAACAUGCAGGGAGACCUCCGUUACGUGAGCAAGGCGGAGCUGCGCCAGCACGGCGGCCCGACGGCCUGGACCAGCAUGUUCUCCGCGGGCAGCAAGGGCAGCCUCGGCCACACGGUCGCAUCGCUGCACGUGGCCUCGGCUCUGAGGCGCAGGACUCUCUUCGUCCACGGCGGGCUCCACCCCUUCUGGAUCCACAACGCCUCCUACGCCGGCCCCGAGGCGCUGAACGCCGCCGUCAGGCGGCUGCUCCUGGAGGAGCGGCGGUCGCCGCUGCUGCGGUACGCCGCGGUCGAUGGCAGGCGGGUCCCCGGCCCGCUCUGGGACCGGGACUACCAGCGGCAGCCGGAGGCCGAGUACUGCGCGCGGCUGGCGGAGAGCCUGGGCGCCUGGGGCGCCCGGCGCGCGGUGGUGGGCCACACGCCGACGCCGCGGGGGCGGCCCCGGACCCGCUGCGGCGGCAGGCUCAUCCUCGCCGACACGGGGCUGUCCCGCUGGGUGAAGGGCAGCGUGGGCGUGACCGAGCUGUACGCGGAGAGGGGCGCGCCGGACGGGGACGUGUUCUUCGCCAGGGCGCUGUUCGAGGACGCGGCGGAGGUCCUCCUCUGCGCCGGGCCGUGCGAGCGCACCUAG